UAUACUUCUGAUUUCUUUGGACACAAAAUACAAGUCUCUUGAUUCUGCCACAAUUUAGCAUGAAAAGGAAAAGAAGACCAUUCAAAACAAGGGAGUGGAAAUAUUAUUUGAAAUUUCCAGAAGCGUGUUUCCAAAUCUUGGCUUUGCCUUGGAAGUGAAGAAUACUUAAUGAUAGAGGUGAAGAAUGACUGAUCCAGGCAUGUGUUUCAGUGUCACUUCUUAAUGGACUAUGAAUUCUUCCACGAUCAGAUUGCUCCAAGAAGCAGCUCAUGAAGAAAAAAAAAUUAAGUACACUUGUUGAGUUACUCCAAGAAAAUAAUAAAAUCAAAGGAGGUUUAAAAAAAAAACUGGCUUUCAAUCUACAGUUAUGUCUGUGGUUUCAAAGUUGUUUCAUGAGUGGUGAAACACAGCCCAGCAUGAAUCUGUCUAUGGCAAACAGCAGUAAAUUACAGUUUCAGCACUUUGAAUCCUGUCCAUCAUCUUUUCCUGCAGUCUUCUUGCUCAUCACAGCUUACGCUAUAGUGGUAUUAGUGGGGUUUUUUGGCAACCUGUGCCUGAUUAUUAUCAUCAGAAAACAAAAGGAGAGCCAAAACGUUACCAACAUUUUGAUUGCCAAUCUCUCCUUGUCUGAUAUCUUCAUUUGCAUCAUAUGCAUUCCUUUCACCGCUUCAUACACUCUGAUGGACUAUUGGGUUUUUGGAGACGCAAUGUGUAAAAUAACUAGCUUUGUUGAAAGUAUGUCUGUCACUGCCUCCAUAUUCUCACUUAUACUAAUUGCUGUUGAGAGGUACCAGCUGAUAGUGAACCCGCGUGGCUGGAAGCCCAACAUUUCCCAUGCAUACUGGGGAAUUGUCUUCAUUUGGGGGUUCUCUAUGAUAAUAUCAGUUCCCUUUUUUGUGUUCAUUCAAGUUAGUGAUGAACCCUUUAAAAACCUUUCUUCCCACACUGAUGCCUAUAUCAACAUGGUUGUCUGCAUUGAAGUGUGGCCAUCUGUUGAAGAGCGACGGGUGUUUACCACAGCCAUGUUGCUUUUCCAAUACUUCUUCCCACUGGGGUUCAUUUUUGCCUGUUACAUCAAGAUAUACAUGUGCCUUCAAAAGAGGCAUGCUAAAGUUGAUCACAUAAGGGAGAAUGAGAGCAGGCUAAAUGAAAGCAAAAGGAUUAAUAUUAUGCUCUUUUCUAUUGUUGUGACCUUUGCAGCAUGCUGGUUACCUCUGAACAUAUUUAACAUUCUGUUUGACUGGCAUCAUGAGGCACUAAUGAACUGCCACCAUAAUGUGGUCUUUACCUUGUGCCACUUGGUAGCCAUGAUAGCAACAUGCAUCAAUCCAGUGUUUUAUGGGUUUCUAAACAAGAAUUUUCAAAAGGAUUUGGUUCUUCUGCUUCACAAGUUUAAAUGCUUUGCAUCUGUAGAGUUAUAUGAGAACAUUGCCCUUUCAACUCUGAACACUGAUGUGUCCAAGGGAUCCCUAAAAUUGAACAACGUGCCUGCAAAUAUCUGAAACAGGCAAUUUCCCAACAGUUACUUAUCUGUCUAGAACAGUGGUUCCAAACCUUUAUUAAUUUGCAUUCUCCCUGGAAACUUGUUUCCCUAAAAUUGUAUCCCCAUAUAAGCAAACCCAUUACAUUAUUUUUGUGUACCCCAAAUGCUCUGGCUGAAAACAUUUGUGUUCUUUGUAUUGUACUGGCUUUAGUUGUGUUGCUUGGAACCUGAACUAUCUUGCAAAUAAGUAAAAUAAAAAUAAUUAUUAAUAA